UUCAUCGAUUGUUUCAUUUGAUAAGCCAUGGACGUAACCCCCAAAUCCUUCAUUCUUAUUCUCUUUUCUUCUAUCAUUGCCUGUCUAAGUUUCUCAUAAUCUGCCAUCUGGAUUUUGAUUCCUACAAAGAAGAACACACAAGAUUAUAAAAAUAGAUUAGUUUUAGUUCUUAUGAGAAAGAAACGGAAAUAUGGCGCUUAGCAAACUGGUCAGUGACAUCAUCUAGUAUGUAUUUUAUUGCUUGCUCAUAAACCUUAUUGUUCUCUACAAAAUGCUGAUUUUUUCAUCCCUGCAUCUAAACCUGUGAAUGGCAAUGGUAAGCUCACUUAAACUUUGACAAGUUCCAAGACUUAUAAUAAACAAUAAGAAAAAAGUGAAGAAAAAAGCUUAUAAGGGAAGGAUGUCAGCAAAGCUUUGGAACUAGUCUCCACUAUGAGAAGCAAAAACGUUUCAGCUGAUGCUCAUACAACUUCUUUAUUUGUCAGCUAAUUCUCCGGUCAUGCUCUUUCUGAUUCAGACAAGGCUUUAAUCAGACACUUUUUUCAAGAUAUGAGAAAUUAAUUAGGUUGCAGUUGAUAAUAAUUUACGUUUCUGUUUGCUCUGAUUCUGUAGUUACAUCUAUAUAUUUUUAUAAUAUUAUGAUCUAACCGAUGCUAGCUCCAUUCUGUGUUGCUAAGGUUAAAUAUGAAUGCUUAUGACAUUUAUCAAAUAUUUAGGAUGCUUUUAUUUUCCUCUUAUAGGAUUCACCACAUUUAUAUAUGACGGUUACUGAUUGUGGUUUUCAAUCAGUUAAUUAAAUUGAAUGAGUGGUUCAAGAUGGGUGCUUCUACCCUUUAUGUAAUUUAGAUCAUGGAAGAAUAAUACCUGUGUGAAAUCGUGCAUUAGUUUUAAAUAUUCCGCGAGUGUAUUUGUGUAGGAAUGGGUUUGUGUUGUGCAGGGUAUAGUGUUUGAUUUUCAGCCUCAGGAUCCUGAAAACAUAUAUGUGGCUCUGGCUGCUUUGACUGGUAGACCUAUCCCAGGUGAGCCUACCAUUUCCCUUGUUACUGUUUUCGUGUUAUUCCAUAUACAGUCCACAUCAAUGUGUCAACACAAUUUUGUUUAAGAACACUGAGUACCGACUAAUCAGGUACUAUUCUGGUAAGAAAAAUUAGCAAACUGCCUAAGAAAAGAUGACCAACACUAAACUUAAAACAAAUAUGACCACCCAAUCCAAGACUUACUUUCUGAGGUCCCAAAUUCGUAAAGUGUUGUCCAGAGAGCUAAAAAGAAGAAGAUGAUCCUCUGGUGCAGCCAACUGCAGAAAAGAGUCAUUCACAUUAGUUAUGAGGCAUCAUGUGAGAAAAUUUGCAAAGAAUACAAAAGUGCUGUAAAACCAGCUGCUCCUUGUGUGAAAAUUGAACCAGGAAACAAUGAGGGUUCCGCAACCUGCCCUUCCCAAGCAGAUGUAUCCACCCCUAAACCACCCGCUCUUUCGAGUAAAGGAGGCCGAACAACUACCCAAUUAAAGAAGCCGAAGACGGCCAAGAGGAUGGCAAGUGCAAUAAAGGAUCCAACAGCAUCGAAAUCAAAAAUGCAGUCGCACAUGAAAAGUGCUAAACCUGCUGGUGGUUUUAGAAGGAAAACCAAGCUAUUAAGAGGCAGAAGCUGGAAGAUGGAAAAACUAGACAGUGCUACAUCUAACACCAUAUUAGAUCGAGCGAUUGAUUCGGAGGAAGCUCAGCAUCAUGACUUUCUCAGGCUGGAGCAUAUUGAAGGAUAUCAUGAAUUGUCUGCAAAAACCAAGAUAUACUUCUCCACAGCUGUUGCAAAAUGGGAUGCUGAUUUUUAUGUCAAGGUGGAUGACGAUGUACAUUUAAAUUUAGGUGUUUUUGCGUCAACUCUUGCUCAUUAUCGAUCAAAACCAAGAGUGUAUAUCAAAUGUAUGAAAUCUGGACCCGUUCUGGCUGAUAAGAAUGUUAAAUACCAUGAACCAGAAUUCUGGAAGUUUGGGGAUGAUGGAAACAAGUACUUCCGCCAUGCAACUGGGCAGAUCUAUGCCAUCUCCAAAGAUUUGGCAACAUAUAUUUCUAUAAAUCAGGUCUCAUCUCAUUUGUGUUAACUAUAUUCACACCUUAACCAAAAUGUUUCUUUAGAUGGAACCGCUUUGCUAGUGGAUGAUUUCGUGAAGGUUGGUUUUCUACUCACGAUCUGUACACCAAAACCAAUUUGAUUGACAUACUAAAUGCACUUUUCUCAUCACUUGCUACGCCUUGGCCAUGAUUGUUGGGACGUUGCUCGAUACUACACUAGAAGCGAGGGAAACACUAGAAGAUUCUGGGCAGCAACUAAUAUUUUUUUUUUGUUGGGUGUCAAGAGAAACCGUUAGAUGGAAUACAUUGUUGUAGAUAUUUCAAGCUUUUGUAUUGUAAGAUUUAUAAAGGUACUGCCUUUACGUAUUUAGUCUUAUUGAUUUGAUGUGGUUCUAUUUAAUAA